AUUUACUGCCUUAAAGCAACUCAAUAUCACGGAAUUUCAGCGGGGGCUGAUUAGUUUGAUAUCAUGUGAAUGUUGUAGGAAGGCUCACCACAAACCCCUCCUGUCAAGCUAAGCUCAUAGAAUUUGUAUGUAUUUUCAAAUCCAUCUUUGCCAGUAGUUCUUAAUUUAGCUAUAAAUCAAAGCUAUUAUAUUUCUUAGUGAGGUCUAGUAGUUUUUAGUCUAUUUGACUGGUAGCCUCAGUUUAGGUGUUUAAUACAAAACCUCAGCAGAAAAACAAGCAGGUCUAUAAAUAACUUGAACCUAAUGUCUAAUAAUGUCAGUGUAAAGUUUCUGAACAGCAAUCUCAAAAUAUUGUACACAUUUAAAUAAAUCUAUACAGAAGGAUCCUUGGCUACAAAAGAUCUGAGAACCAUCUACACAGUGAUAAUACACUGACAGGGAUUCACUCCAUCAUCGGUCAGAUAUUCCAGUGGAAUAAAUGAUCAAAUGUUUCUCUACUGUCCCUCAUUUGUGUUAUCACAGGAUGAAAACACUCCACUGUCCCAGGAGAUCUGGACAGUUGGAUAGACCGGUGGUUCUCAGUGCAUUGCCCAUGGGGUGUGCCUGAAGCAAAGCCAGGGGGAGUGAUUGCACUUAUGACAUCCUCACAGGCCUAGUAUGAGCGAGAAGACCGGUUCCUGUCUGUGGACUUCUGUGCCUCAGAUGUCUCCUGCACCAUGUAACCGCUAUAAGCAUGCUAUUUGUGCUUACAAUGGGAAUAUAUACCUGCUCGGAGGUAGAGGGAAGCACUCAUUAAAAGAUUUCUGGAAAUACAGUGUGGUAUGUAACAAGUGGAUGGAGUUGGACUGUGAUAAUGACACUGCACCUGAUGAAUUGGAGGAACACACCAUGGUGCCUCAUCAGGGUGUCCUCUACGUUUUCGGAGGCUUGAGGGAUUCAGCAUAUUCUGACUCAAAAACACCUCUCUGGUUGUUUGACACAGCUAAAGAACACUGGUUCUACAUAGAAGAGCAAAGUCUACGUUCUCAGAAUGUGGCACCAGCCAACAAAAAGGGACACAGUGCUGUUGUGUUGAGAUCCUCUAUGUUCAUUUAUGGUGGAUACAUUGACAUGCGAGGGACCUCACAGGAAUUCUGGAGAUUUGACAUGGACUCCAGGUUGUGGUCCCUGUUGAAUAUGACACAAGUGGGUCCUGGUCCUCGGCAUAGCCACUCUGCCAUAACCCACCAGGACUAUAUGUACCUGUACGGUGGUCUGCAAGGUCUGAAGGAGCAGAGGGACCUGUGGAGAUGGAGCUACCACAGCCAUACUUGGACCUGCAUCAGAACCUCAUCAGGACCCUCUAGACUGAUGGGCCACUCAGCUGUGGUGUACAAGGACAGCAUGCUGCUCUUUGGUGGAGGAGAGACCCAGACUGCUCCCAGUAACUGCCUGUGGAGUCUCAAUCUUACUACGCUAAUGUGGGAGAGGCUGCCUUCAUUGCCAGGAUCCACUGCUCCGUGCCGGAUUCACCAUCGCUGUGUGGGUCUUGGCCCUAAAUUCCAGCCCAGACCACCAAAUAAUGCCAGUAGUAAAGAACUUUGCAUAUCAAAAAACAAGGACAACACAUUCAGACCUUUCAAGAACAAGUGUUUCCCUUCCAGUCCCUUAAAAUGUCAGCCUGAGGAGGACAUAGAGCUACAGAAUCUGCAUGUGGACUUGAAAAGUAUUAAUACAUAUGGGAACUGCCUCACCUUUGAAAACCAUGUUGCUCAAGGGAACAGGGAAAGUGAGCACUCAGAAAAUGAAACAGAGGACACUAUGGAGGUCCCAAUGCCUGACUUGCUCCUCAUAUUGGGAGGUAAACCUCUGAAAGACCAAGCUGCCAUUUCUGUGUGGCAAAUGACUCUGGGAGAUAGCUGAGACGGGGUGAAAAGAUUUAUAGAAGCAAAUGCUACUUUCUCAGAGAGAAAAAAAAGAACAGCCUUGAUUGUCCUAAAUGAGGACAUACCUAUCAUUAUUUGAACCAGCUGCUGGUACACUAGUGAUAUUCUGAUUUAUGUAGUGAUUUAUAUAAGUAUGUAUGUAUGUACGUGUAUAUAUAUAUAUGUUUACAUAAUUAACAUGUUAAUGGUUUUAUGUGUUUGUAUUGUAUUAUUAGAUACCAAAGUAUUUUUACAUAAAUGGAAUAUAUAUAUUCCACCUUGCACACGCAUUCUCGCACUCGUUCACAACCAGGGGCAGUUUAGCAUAGCCAGUCCACUUAUGGGCAUGUUUUUUGGGAGAUGGGAGGAAACCAGAGAACCCAGAGGAAACUCAAUAUGCUCUACAUGUUCACCCUUACGCUCUACACAUCCCACUUCCCAACCACUCUAUCAUGUUUUUGUGGAUUUUGCUCAACAUAUUUCCAUUGAUUCCUGAAUUUUUCAGACACCCUGUGGAUCAAAUAAUUAGUUUUACUAUUUUUUCUUUACAGUAGUAACAAACACCCAAGUUCAGUAUGUUCACAGUGUGAUGAGACCUUUCUUGAUUAUAGAACAUCCACAGAUAUAUGUGUGUCUUGUGCAUUUUAGGCACAUUUUAGACACAAGCUACCUAAUUUAAACGACGUAAACUCUGGUUGAAAAGUUUGUAAGGCGUAUCUUGAUUAUAUAUUAAUACUUUGGUAUUUAGAGCUUUGGGCAAUUCACAAAUACAAAUGUGUUUGUAUUUAUUUGAUGAUCAUGGCAGUGAUUUUGACAUCAUACCCCAGAUGUAGCAGGCACUAUGAGGUCAGAAAUGUUAUACAGUGAGAACAAGAGAUGGCGCCACAGCACCAAACCAAAACAAGUGCUUCUUGAUUCACUUUUUAAAAUGGCUUAUAUAAAUAAAGAUAAAUGUAUAUCAAU